GUGCCGACACCGGUUGCGUUCAGUUGGUUGUAGAUUGCGCGACAGUUUCGCGUGAGUUUUCAACAGGUAUCGAAGCGUAAGUGGCACGAUGGCGCUGCGGUUUGUUACUUCCCGGGUUGGCAGUGCAUCUUGGCGUUCAGUAUCGAUUUAUUCCAAACGAUAUCAGAGUGUGCAAGCAGCACCGAGUGUCAUCGAUCAAGAGUGGGAAUCGGCGCGUCCCUAUGAAAGUAUCCCAGGCCCUACGUUUAUGGACCUUAUCAAAGGCUUCAGACGAGAAGAAAACAAAGCUGAUAUGCCAGUUCUUGCAUUGUUCAAUCAAUUCCGGAAAGAAUACGGAGACCUUGUUCGCAUGAAGGGUAUUUUGGGAAAGCCAGAUAUUGUUCUCAGCUUCAAUCCGCACGAUUACGAGAAAGUGUUCCGUACCGAGGGCCCGUGGCCAGUACGCCGCGGUCUGGAUACGUUCACCUACUAUCGGCAGAAGGUGCGGCCGGAUGUUUUUGGAGAAUCUGGAGGAUUGGCAAAUGAACAAGGAGAAAAGUGGCAAAAGAUGCGCACGAUCACCAAUCCGGUAAUGAUGCAUCCCAAAACCGUUGGACUGUAUGUGGAUCAAGUGGAUGAGAUCGCUCAAGAGUUUAUGGCCGUUGUAGAUAGUUUGCGCGAUGCGAAGAACGAGCUGCCAACUGAUUUUGACCAGUGGUUAAACCGUUGGGCACUGGAGACCAUGGGAUUGUUGGCGCUAGAUACGAGGUUCGGUGUGUUGAGGUCAAAUCAAUCAGCAGAGGCCCAGACCAUCAUCUCGCUGGUUCGAGAUAUCUUCGAGCUAACAUUCUGCCUAGACAUUGAACCUUCGAUUUGGAAGUACUAUAAAACAUCGACAUUCCACCGGCUUAUGAAGGUGUUCGAUGAUCUGACAAAUCUUAUCAUGUUAAAGAUCGAUGAAGCUGUGGUGCGAAUCGAGAAAAAUCCAAAAACCGAAGGCAAUCUAAGUGUACUGGAGAAGUUGCUCAAGGUCAACAGGAAUGCUGCCUUGGUUAUGUCUUUUGAUAUGAUAAUGGCCGGCAUAGAUACGACCUCAUCCACUACGGUUGGAGUGUUGUACUGCUUGGCGAAAAAUCCAGAGAAACAGGCAAAGCUUCGAGAGGAGCUGCGUGCUAUAAUGCCGGACAAGAAUUCCCCGCUGACGACGGAAAAUAUGCGGAACCUACCAUACCUGAGGGCUUGCAUCAAGGAGGGUUUGCGGAUGUAUUCACCGGUUGCUGGAAAUUUCCGCGCUACCGGACGGGACAUUGUGCUGCAAGGAUAUCGUAUUCCUAAAGGGACCGAUAUAUCGAUGGUAACGCCGGCAUUGCAAUGCGAUAACCGAUAUUUCCACGACGCCGAACAGUAUCUUCCUGAGCGUUGGCUCAGCGAUCGUCCGGAGGGUGUUGCGAGUGCCAAGGAUACAAACCCUUUCAUUUUCCUACCGUUUGGAUUUGGUGCUAGAAGCUGCGUAGGAAAGCGGCUCGCCAUGAUGGAGAUCGAGAUCGUUAUUUCUCGCUUCGUGAGAAACUACGAGUUACGAUGGAAUUAUGCUGACAUGAAAAUGAAGUCUAACCUUAUUAACAUCCCAUCAAGUCCUUUGCAGUUCGAGCUGAAGGAUGUAGCAUAGUAAGAGAUUUUGGUGAAUGUAUUAAUCGUUCAAUUUUAGAAGUAUAUUAAACGAAGAUUACAAAAAAAACUCGAUAUUGAAUCAAACUUUUUGGGGC